GGCACAUGCGCGGACGAGGCGCGGGAGGUAGAGCCUCGUUUUCGGUCAGUCGGCCGAGAGCCGUCGUGCAACUCGAGUUGUAUGCGAAUUUCGGUGCCCGCGACACACGCACGAGGUUUCGGAAACCCUCGAAAACUGAUAGAAAUCGCGUGCGAUUUACGUAAAAAAAAAAACGUAAUACUUCCGUGCUGUAAAAAAAAAAAUGCAUCGAUCACUAUAAAAUUGAUGACAAAACGUAAAACUGACAGGCAGAUCUUUUCUGCCAGACUGGUUGAAAUAUGGAAAUUUCGGGUAAACUGGCGGAAUAAUAUCUCAAAUUUUUACACGUGAAAAAUUAGCAUGUGAAAAUGAGGCGUCGUACACAGCCAUGAUUAAUCGCAACCUAAACCGAGAAAAAGCCCGACUCUGAAAGUUCAGUCGUGCGUAGGAAUUUAAAGAAAACGCAAACGUGACUCGACUGAUAGGCGAGACCGACGAACUUGAGGUUUACUAGUGAAUUUCCGGGAAUACGCUGCUAUGUUGGUGACAGAGAAAAAUCGAUCUUUAACCAUUUCCAACUCCGACUUGUAUCGGAUAGAAAAUAUAUGUCUUUAAAACACAAUUAAAUAAUAUACUUAAUGAAAGUGUAAUCAACGGAGAUAUUUUGAAUAUUAUGUGUAUCGUUAAGAAAAAUCAAUGACUCUGGUUCACCGGUUAAAUAAUUUGCAAAAAGUAUUCCAAUAAGGAAUAAUUUUCGAAGGUCAAGCAACUUUUUUUACUCGAAAUUGAAAUUUAAAUUUUGUCGAUUACAUUUAGAAAGAGUGCGGACGUCGAACGAUCAAAAAUUCUAUAGAGAACGUCUCUAAAUUUUAUAUCAAAGUACUGCAGCACAUUUAUUUAGGAUGCUGACGUAUAAAGCAUGACGCAUCAAACUGCCGAAUAUGCUCGGUGAAGAAUUGCUCGGAAGGGACACGCUGUCAGUUUCGCGGAAGUUAGUAUGCACGAGGGUUAAUGUUCCUGUCUCUCCAACUAAAACGAGGAGAAUACACGAAGUUAGCCAAGCAUGAACAAGGGAAGAUCCGGUGCGACGACCAGCCGGAAAAUUUUCAUAGAGCUCACGUCGCAAGGAUUUCGCGUCCAAUAAAUUCCUAGGCCGCACUGUCGAAACUUUCGUAGAAAAGCAAAACGUGUUACCCGGAUUCGUCCAAAAGGCAUCGAAUCAACGGAAGCCGGCAGUAGAAUUGCCCAUAUUUGUUGAGGAGGAACGAUACGAUGGCUCACGGUUGCAGAACAAAGGAAAAUGUCGGCCGAAGUAAGAGCUGGUCGACCUACCAUGCCAACGAUUCCGCACUCCAAAAGGCCUACGAUCUUGGUGUACCCGACAGUUACGCCGGAGAGCAUAAUCAUACCCAUCGUGUCUUGCAUAUUGGGAUUUCCGCUGCUAGCGUUAAUGGUAAUUUGCUGCCUACGGAGAAGAGCGAAACUCGCCAGGGAACGGGCCCGGCGAAGAAACUGUGAUUUGGAUCAUGGCGCAUUGAGCCUCGUUCGUUUCAGCCCGGUUCAUCGGCUAGCAUCGAGAGAGGAUUUAGCUGGCAUUGAUCGACCGGCACGUACUGUGUCCUUAAGAGGUGAUCGAGGAUCUCGAGCUUUUUCAUCCCUGGACCUGGACACCGUCGUCGAGGAGCGUUCAGAUCCCGAGCAGAGCACCGCUCUCGAAUUAAGUAGUCCUGACUAGCAUCCGGCUUUGGCACCGUCGAGAUCGCCACGACCAUCCUUGGCGGUGCCGUUGCCUGUGGAUCAUAGUCCGCUAUGGACGGCUUUGACGCACGCUAAUGCAGUCUCCGCGGCGUUAGGAGACACCUAGCAGGAGGUGGAAGACGGCGGCUUUGUCGAAGCUCUCGUCCUAGAUCUGCCAAUCAUUUACUGACCGGCCUCUCUCUCUCUCUCUCUCUGAAAAUAGAUGUCUUAGUGGAGCAUGCUGGAGUAUGCUGGAGCAUCGGAAGGAAGCUGGACAUCCUUACUCAAAGCACUACCAUAUCGCGAUAAUGAUCCUGCGAAAUAUACAUUGUCGAGAGAAGUAAAUAAAAUAAAAAGUUUACAACAAAAUGAUGUUCGAAAAGUAGAGCAUCGUAUCUUUUUGUGCGAAUGUCUGCGUAUAUGUAUGUAUGCCGCAAUUCAACAUAGACUGUGACUGACGUGAAAUUUUGUACGCCAUUUGCUCGCGAUAUUUGCGAGUGGAGCUUUUUACACGAUAGAUGUAAUCUAAAAUGUAUCCGGUCACCGUAGAAAAAGUAGCUGGACUACAAUACUGAUAUACAUACCGAUGUAAAUACAGAUUUUUAAUUAAUGUACAUACAAAUGAAAUUACAAAUGAAUAAAGUUAUUAUUUGUGGCUGUAUUA